AGCCAGCAUGGUCCUGGGGGUGUAGUGAGUGAUUAAUGAAGGAAAACUGCCAUUGGUCUGAUUUGUUGGAGGAGACUUGGAUUGAAUGGUUAGGAAUGUGGGCCUUGCUGCCUGGAUAUAAGCCCAGCUCAGAUGCUUUCUAGUGGUGUGAUCUUGACCAAGUCACUUCACAUCUUGGAGUCUCUAUGCCCUCAUCUGAAAAGGCAUCAUAGGUCCUAUUCCCACAGGUUAUCCUGAGGAUCAAAUGAGAUGAUGUAUAUAUUUCUUAGCAUGGUGCUAGAGCAUAGUAGGUGCUCAAUAAACUACUAACUCUAACAAUAGUUUAACACUUAUUGAAUACUUGCUAGUCAAUUAGUGGUCUUUGUUAUUUUAUUUAUUUAUUUAGUGGUGCUGGGGAUCAAUCCCAGGGCCUUGCACAUGCUAGUCAAAUGCUCUAUAGCUGAGCUACAUCCCCAGCCUUAAUAAUCCAUUCGCAUUAAUAAAAUUCUCUGUACACUUCUGAAAUAAUCAGAUCAUUUAGAUCCACUGCCUCAUAUUCUCACAGUGAUAUAGAGUCCUAGAGAGGACAGUGACUUGCCCAAGGUUACACAGCCAGCUUCUCAGUGCCUUGUGUGGUCCAGCUCAGUCUGCUUCAGAGCCAUUGUUUGAGUCAAUCUCCCAGAGGGACACUCCCCUCCUCCGCUCCCUUCCCCAUUACUCUCCAGAAUCAGCUGCUCCUUGGAGCUUCAAGCUCCUUGAAUGGUUUGUUAAGCACUCGGCCGUUAAGCGUUCAUCUCUUACAAUUUCAAUCCAAUUCCUAUAAGUUUAUUGGCAAGACGGAAUGUAUUAGAGCUGCCAAAUUUAAUAUAUCAAGUCCGCAUGUCUGAGAUGUGGUUUCUCAGCAGUAAUGGGAGAAGAGAGAUUUUAUACGUUUUCAUUUGGAAUGACUGGCUGUUCCUGAUCCCAUUACAGCCCCUGACUUAAUGGCUGCUGCCCCUGUCUACUGCAGGAGCAACUUUUUCCAUCAACCUGCUUGGUUGUCUGGACUGCCCAGAAUGCUUGUUUGUCUCUGCAUCUAUCCCUAGUCUUUUCUUCCCAAGAAGCAUUCCCCCAUCUGUCCCCUCUACCUCCCCACUCAUCCGUCUGCUCUGUGGCUCAGGUCCCAGCUUCAUCCUUAUUUGCCAGGUCCUGGGAAUCUGGGAUUUUGGCUGCCAGCCUGGGUAGCCACCUUCUGACCUCAGGGAAAUCAUUUCCUAUACUCCUUUGGGCCUCAGAAGCCUGCUUUGUUAAGUGAGGGACCAGACCCCAGAUUGAGGGACUGUUCUAGGCUCAGCCUUUGCACUUCCCACUUGACAGCCUCAAGUAGACACAUCCUCCCUCUGGUCUUGUGACAUCAAGCUGGAGGACCCAAGCACUGGGCAUGAAAGCCAUAGAAUUGCCACCCACCAUGGGCUGCAGAUCUCCUGGAAAGGAAUGGCAGCUGUGGUCACAAUGACAGGGUUUUUAUGUUUGGUUUGGUUUGGUACUAGAGAUUGAACUCAGUGCUUAAUCACUGAGCUACAUUCCCAGCCCUUUUUGUGUUUUAUUUAGAGACAGAGUCUCAGUGAGUUUCUCAGGGCCUUGCUAAGUUGCUACUGCUGGCUUUGAACUUGUCAUUCUGCUGCCUCAGCCUACUAAACUGCUGGGAUUACAGGCAUGUGCUGUUGCACCCGGCUUCCCUCAGUCCUUUGAUCUUUGCUCAAAUGCUAUCUUUUUGACAAUCUACAGUAAUCACUUUAUUUAAAAUUGCAGAACUCUCCCCUUAGCUGUCUCCAUUCCCAGCUUGAUUUUUCCUCAUAGCACUUAUCGCCUUUGAAAUAAUAAAUUACUUGUUAUCGUUUAUUGUCUUUCUCUCCCGACAAGAAUAUAAAUCCAUGAAGGCAGAUAUAUUUUUGCUUUAUUUAUUGCUGGGGCCCCAGCACCUAAAAUAGUACUUGAUACAGAGUAGGCAAUCAAGUAUUUGUGGAAUAAAUGAGUUAAUUUUCAUUUUUUCUUUGGGACAACCAGAGAUUCAAGAGAGGAAGGGAGAUUUGUCUGAGGUCACAUAGCUGAUCAGAAGAAUGCAAAUGCAAGUCCCCUAAAAUCAUGUUCCUGGGUGUCCUUUAAGCCAGAGAGCUUAGGUAGCAGAGGCUAAUAGCUUCCCAAGAAGAUUACUAAAUUCUUAGGUGGCAUGUCCUCAUUCAGUCCCAAAGGGAAAUGAGAACAUUGUAAGGUCUUAAGACCCCUCUGUUGGCUGCACAUAGUAAACCCAGCAGUUCAGAAGGCUGAGGCAGGAGGAUCGCAAGUUCAAAGCUAGCCAGCAAAAAAAAAAAAAAAAAAAAGGACCAAGGAAGCAAGUAUGGCAGGCAGACAUCACAGGGAGAGCAUCCAGGCCAAGGGGACAGCAGAUACAAACCCAUGUGCCUGGAGGCAGCCAUGUUCCUGGCUUGUGUGAGGGGCAGGGAGAAGACCCAUGGGGCCAGCAUGGAGAAAACCAGAACAAGGAGAUCAGAAGUCAGAGGUCUGACCAAGAGCUUUGUGACUUUCCAGGCAGCCUCAGCACCUGGUGUAGGCGGCCAUGGGGAAGCGAUACUUCUGCGAUUACUGUGACCGGUCCUUCCAGGACAAUCUCCACAACCGAAAGAAGCACCUGAAUGGGCUACAGCACCUCAAGGCCAAGAAGGUGUGGUACGACAUGUUCCGAGAUGCAGCUGCCAUCUUGCUGGAUGAGCAGAACAAGCGGCCCUGCAGGAAGUUCCUGCUGACAGGCCAGUGUGACUUUGGCUCCAACUGCAGAUUUUCCCACAUGUCAGAGCGAGACCUGCAAGAACUGAGCAUCCAGGUGGAGGAGGAGAGGCGGGCCAGGGAGUGGCCUCUGGACACCCCCGAGCUCCCUGAGGGCCACCUGGAGGACUGGCUGGAGAAGAGAGCCAAGCGACUGAGCUCAACCCCGAGCAGCAGGGCUGAACCCAUCAGAGCCACUGUCUUCCAGUACCCCAUAGGCUGGCCGCCGGUCCAGGAGCUGCCUCCAUCCCUGAGGGCACCCCCACCCGGGGGGUGGCCCCUGCAGCCAAGAGUGCAGUGGGGUUGAGCCCCUUGCCCCUGCUCAUCUCCUACCUGGUCAGCGCUUAUCUGUCACAAUAAAGACAAUUGCUCCUACUGGGGA